GUCAGAGCGUUAGCUGGGGGAGCAUCUCCAUAGGAGAACAUCGUGAACUGAUUCGACAGGGUAAUUGCAAGCAGUUUUGUCCAGAUGGUGAUCUUAAGCUGCUUAACGCUGCUAAGUCUGAUGCUUCCAUUCGGUUCACCAUUACCGCAGUGGGGUCUAAUCGAGCAACGAGAAGACGCCCAGUGCUUUGGAAAGGAAGGAAGUUCUUGUUACGUUCUAACCUAUGGGUAUAAUGAAGAAAUAGACUACAAGCGAGGCACAUGCAAAGAUGGAAAAUGUCAAUACAGCGAAAUUCCGAAAGGGUGUGAAAGCAAGCUCAAGCAUCUCCCGAGUCCCUCCGGUAAACAAGUUGGUUGUGCGUUUACAUGUUACGAAGAUGGACAGACGAAGUUUAAUUAUUUUCCCCCAGGCACAAAGUGUCGGCAUGCUAUCGCGCCAGGAAAAUAUGUGGAUGGUACAUGUUUCAAGGAAGAGCCGAGUGGUAAAGUCCAUUGCAAGGAAAUCCCACCUCCACUGGCUUGCUGAAGAUGACGAAGAGAAUUACAUCAAUCGGAAACCACCAUUGCAGAGAUCUUCUGGGAGUAAACGCCUUGCGUUCUUAACUAGAAGCCUUAAUAUUAAGACUCUUUUGUUCGAAAUAAAGAUACAACUUCGUAAUGAA